UCGGAGGUACCCAACAAAAUUCUUGUUCUCGUAUUAUUAUUAUGUUUUGCACCGAAUCAGUUUUUUUUUGGUUAUUCCUGAGAAGGAGAGUAGCAGCGGAGGGAUUUUCCGGCGAUGGGAGAUGAUAAAUCGACGAUCGUGAUGGGGAGUAGAGAUCUAGAGCUUCUAAUUCCGGUCGCUGAUUCCGUCCACGAUGAUUCCUCCAAACAUUCUCCUUCUUUCGCUCCUUCGCAUCAUUCCGGCCGCGAGACCUUUUACAAAGUUUUCCAGAGCUGGGCUUCAAAAAAGUUCAUGACCGGAUGUGCCAUUCUAUUUCCUAUAGCAAUCACUUUCUACGUAACAUGGUGGUUUAUUCACUUUGUUGAUGGCUUUUUCUCUCCAAUUUUUCUUCAACUCGGCAUUAAUGUAUUUGGUCUUGGAUUUGUAACUUCUAUAACAUUCAUCUUCGUGAUUGGGGUAUUCAUGUCCUCGUGGUUGGGAGCAUCUGUGCUUGGCCUUGGUGAGUGGUUUAUCAAGCGGAUGCCAUUCGUUCGUCAUAUCUACAAUGCCUCCAAGCAAAUUAGUUCUGCUAUAUCACCAGAUCAGAGCUCACAGGCCUUCAAGGAAGUAGCCAUCAUUAAACAUCCUCGUAUUGGUGAAUAUGCUUUUGGGUUCAUCACUUCAUCUGUUACUCUGCAGAAGUUCUCUGGGGAAGAGGAGCUAUGUUGCGUCUAUGUUCCCACAAAUCAUCUUUACAUUGGCGAUAUAUUCCUCAUUAAUACCCAGGAUGUUAUCAGACCGAAUCUAUCAGUUCGUGAAGGAAUUGAAAUCGUAGUCUCAGGAGGGAUGUCGAUGCCGCAAAUGCUGACAACGAUAGACACACAGUUGCCGCCGCUGGAAAGAAGUAGAUCUGACAUAACCUAAGGUUUAAGGUGACAAUUGUAGGAGUUCCUUAUUUAUUUUACUUUCUGAUGAUUUCAAAUUGAAGUCAUCAGUGUGCCUUCGCAAUCGAUGUAUAUAGGUAAUGCAGGAUUCGGGAUGAGAUUAUAAGUUUUGUAUGAACCUGAUGCAUUACUGAGUUGAUUUAUU